AUGGCACCACUGGCACAGCACACCUCCUCUCCGGCAGAUUCUGAUAUCCCGCUCGCGGACCUGGAAAUUGGGACUUCCGCGGUCGCCUACUCCAAUGGCAACUCUCGCUGGAAUGAUUUCACCCAGACCCAUCCGUCCAACCUCCUCUCAAACACCACCGGAUGGAGGUGGAAGAUGUCGCAAGAAGGUUGGUUGGCAUAUCUUGAAGAUAUGAGCCACCGGUUGACGAUCGCCUCGACGCCAUCCUUCCUGCAACCAUAUAUGGGGGCCGCGGCAGCUCCGCCGGCCAAACUCCAUGCGAUCGCGGCGUUGGAUGGACUGCGCGGCUGGGCAUGUUUACUGGUCUUUAAUUUCCAUUUCCUCUUCACCUACACCUGGAAGGUGGCGGUGGGCUGGGGAUUCGCAGGGUCUAAUUUCGGCAUCCACCAAUUGCCCUUUUUUCACAUGCUGAUCUCGGGACACAUCAUGGUGGCCAUCUUUUUCGUCAUCUCUGGCUAUGUGCUAUCUUACAAGCCAUUGAAGACCAUCCGUCAACAAUCUUAUGCUGACGCGUUCUCCGUUUUGGCCUCUUCUACCUUUCGGCGGGCUUUGCGACUGUAUAUACCUUCGAUUGUCGGCCUAAUUUGCGUCUUCAUCGCCGUCAGGCUGGGCCUGUACAACUACUCGUGGGGCGUCAUCAGAGAAGGGCACACCAUCCUCGGUACCAAUGAGCAACAUCCACCCGUCUUCGUUUCGGCAGUGAAGCAGUUCUGGGAUUUCUACUACACCAUCACUCAUCUCAUGAACCCCUUCGACUGGGGCUUGUUCUACAACAACUACAAUCCCCAUCUUUGGACGAUUCCGGUAGAGUUUCGAUGCUCGAUCGUUCUGUUCAUCACAAUUUUGGCGACGUCUCGCCUCGUCUCAGCCGUUCGCAUGCUCUUCGUUGCUAGCCUCAUCUGGUUCUGCAUGCGCUACGGUCGAUGGGACAUUGUUCUUUUCCUGUGUGGCAUGAUAAUGGCGGAAUUGGACCUGAUCCACGGAACGUGGGACAACCCUCCGGGCCUGACUGCCAACCGCCCAGAUAGAAUGUUGCAUGUUCGCCUCCUCUCGGGGAGUAAAGUGCUUGCCAGCGUAUCUCGACAAAAGUUCUGGAUCGGUGUCUUCAUUCUAGGCCUCUAUCUUGGAUCAAGUCCCAAUCUCGGAUUCAAGUGGACCCCCGGCUACAUGUGGCUUUGGAAAAUCACUCCUUCCACAUACCCAGAGCCGAACCGAUUCCCCCAGACCAUCGGCGCGACUUUGAUCGUAUUCAGCAUUAAUCGUUCCCCGGAAAUCCAAAAACUCUUCACCAAUCGUCUUUCUCAAUAUCUGGGCAGAAUCUCUUACGCUUUUUAUAUUGUCCACGGGCCGAUUCUGCACUCUCUUGGCUACUCCAUCAUGCCGACCAUCUGGGCUUUGACGGGCAAAGACUCCGAUUUGCAGUACUGUCUCGGGUUUUUCAUCGGCUGGUGUAUCUGUUUGCCUAUUGCUAUCUGGGCGGGCGAUGUCUUCUGGCGGGCGGUCGAUGUACCGAGUGUGAAAUUUGCUCGCUGGCUCGAAGCACAAGUCAUUGCAAAGCCUCUUCCGGUGACACGAUCCUCGGUGGACUGA